AUGUCUUUUUCCUCCAGCAAGCUCCGGUCCUUAGCUUUGCAUAGGCGGAUUAAGAGCGAUGCUCCAAAGUCUUCUCAGAAAGUUUUCGUGGCGACUUCGCCACACCGGGAUGAUUCAUUGCUGCCUUCCACGCCCCAGCCUUCAACGUUUCUCCAACCAGAACUGUGCAACAUUUGCCGCGACGUGGAACUCGUUAAGAUAGCGGACCGCCAAUUGAACUUCACGACUUACUUUCUCAAUCCAAAGGAGCAGCAAUGUGCUCUUUGCGAUCUUGUCCUACACUUCAUUGAAACGCUUACUGGGGCCGCAACUCGGCAAGAAUCAUUACUCAAAAGCGAGGUUCGACUAUCUGUCGAAUACAAUGUCCUAAUCGUCUAUUGCGGUGACAUUACACGUCGACUUGGCAGCAUUGAAGUAUCUCGGUUACAGGGCGGAUCACCGAUUCACUAUCUCUCGUCCUCGUCGAUAGCAAUAUCUAAGAAGAAAGCCAUCUCAAAGCCUUCACACAUCAAUGUGAAGCAGAUUGAAGGAUGGCUUCAUGACUGCGCAAUCAACCACGAGGGUUGCAGCCUACCCAUUGCUGAAACCUUGGACAUCUUCCUCAUCGAUGUCGUUGGUCGACAAAUCGUCCAAAAACGAUCCGAUUGUCGGUACCUUGCUCUGAGCUAUGUAUGGGGUGGAGUUAGUUCUUUCCAUCUCACCAAGUCCAACGUCAGAACGCUGCAGAAGCCAGGGGCAUUGCUCCAACAUUUCAACCGCGUUCCCCAAGUUAUUCAGGAUGCAAUGUGCUUCACAGACCAGCUCAACAUUCGGUAUCUUUGGGUAGAUUCCUUAUGUAUUGUCCAAGACGACCCUGUUCAUCGCGACCCUCAAAUAUCCCGGAUGAAUAUAAUAUACCGUCAUGCAUUCGCCACAAUAGUCGCCAUGUCAGGUCACAACGCGGACUGCCGUCUACCUGGUAUCAGUCUUGGAAGUCGGAACGCCCUACAGCUAGUCCGGAUGCGCAAGGGUGUAGAACUUCGACCACUUGCACCAGACAUCGACCUAGCGAUGGAUUUAUCCACAUACGAGACCAGGGCUUGGACCUACCAAGAACGGCUGCUGUCAACCAGGUGUAUAUAUUUCACAGAUUGGCAGGUGUAUCUUCAAUGCCGAUCCAAUCUUCGUUCUGAAGAUGGUAUUUCUGCAAUGAUGGAGGAAUCAGGGGGGGGGACCUUUCAAUACGGGUUACCCGAGGCAAUUUUCGACCUUGCCCUUCUAUGGAUACCUACUCAGCCUCUCAAACGGCUUUGUCCCAAGUAUGACCCUUCGUCAUGUGCGGACUACAUCCCCAGCUGGUCGUGGGCAGGCUGGUUGGGCCCGGUGGAGCAUUUAUCUGGCCGGCAGAAUCUAGAGAAUGUUGUAUAUUCUGCGCCGCAGAUGGACCUACCUCGACUUACUUCAGAGAUUGCUUCCUUCCAAAUUGAGCGCGGGGACGAAGCCCACUCAAUUCGCAGAUCGAUCGGAGUGCCCUAUCAAAUCAUCACAUAUCCAGAAAAAACAUACCAGCAACCCGUUCCUUCCCAACCCAGCUUUUCCGGACCAGAACUUUGCUUUUCCGCCGAAGCCGUCAGUGUUGUUGACUUCCGUCUCCAGAAAUUCUAUGUCUUUAAUGUCAACCCACGGAACCCAAUUGAUAUCAGAGAUUUGGUAUAUAAUCCGGAAGAUACGACAAGCGCAACCCAAAUCCAAACUAUAAUCUGCACUGAAAACGGAGAAAAAGUUGGACACCUGAUGGACAACAUAUCUAAUUGCUCGUGGGGUGUCCACGGCGCCCGAUUUGAAUUCAUUCUUCUCUCCAGGACGAAGCCCGAGCCAGGAGGCAUACGUACAUCUUCAGGCCUACCAUGUUUUCCGGUCUCUGUGGAAGCGUUAGACGAAAAAGACGUACUGAAUGUGAUGCUAAUUCGAUGGACACACCGAGGACGGUAUGCCGAGCGAGUUGCGAUCGGUCUGAUGGCUAAACUUGCUUGGUGGUCGGCAAACCCUACCCGGAAGAUGAUUCGACUGAUUUGA